AAAGAAUGUCAAUUAUCAAAGGCAGAAAAUGGUACUUUAAGAUCAGAAAUCGAUUCCUUAAAGUUGAAAAUCAACACCGCGUCAUCAACAAACAGUGAUCUUGAGAAAGAAAAUAAGGCAGAAAAUAAUUCCUUAAAUAUUGAAACCCAAAGAAAAUUUGACAAAUUCUCUGGGGUUAAAAUAGAAACAGAUGUAAAUAAAUCAAAUGCAAAUGAAUCAUAUGAAUCAGACCCUGAAAAAUUGAAAAUUGAGAAUGAUGAAUUGAAAAAAAUUAUCAAUAUUGAUAAGGAUAAACAACCUAUAAUUCGAAUUAUUGAAGACCUUAGGAGAGAAGCAGCAAAAUAUCAAUCUGCAUUGGGAAACGCAACGAAUUUUAUGCUCGGUGAUUACGAUCCCAAUAACAAGGUACGACUUGCAAAAGAUAUUGGAACCUUACAAAGAAAACUUGAUGAAUUCUCUGCGGUUAAAAUAGGAAUAGAUAUAAAUGAAUCAAAUGCAAAUGAAUUAUUGAAAGAAUACGACAUUUCUGACAUUUCUGAAAUUACUGAUAAAAUACAAUAUAAAAUAUAUGUCAAAGCUGCUUUACAAAGAAAAAUAUUAGAAACAAUUUUAAAUGAUACUUCUUCUUACUUUAACCCAAAAAAAGAAGAAGAAGAAAAAUAUGAUGACCUCGAAAGACUUACGGUUUUGGAAGUCAAAAAACUUAUGGAACUUAUUCAGCGUUUUGCGAACGAUAGAGUAGGCAAUGACGACGUAACUCGAGCUCUUCCAGUAAAAUUACGACAACAAAUUUAUGCCAUUCUUGGAAAUCGAGGAUUUGCUAAUAAUAUUCCUGAUGAAAAUGGAACUGAAAAAGAAAAUCAAUUUAUUAAGAAUCUUUUGGAUAAUCUCAAAGAUCUAGUGAAUUCUAUUCGAACCGUUAAAGAUCCUAAAAAAGAAACCAAAUUUAACAAUAUGGCUCCUGAUCUUAUUCGAGAUAUCAUAAGAAUAUUCUUUUUUCGCCUAAAAGUAGAAGAACCUAUGAUCGACGAGCCACAAUGGUUCCCUUCUAAAACACCCGUGGAUCCCUAUACCAUGACAGGAAUAUUUGAUGAAGAUGAAUCUCAAAAUUUGGAAGUGAAAAUAUGUUCUUUCCCUGCAAUUGGAUAUAAUACGAAUGAGGGAAAACGAGAGAUACUUAUUCAGGCAAAAGUUUGCGUGAAUUGA